GCUGCCUCACAGUGACCACGGACCAGGCAGCCUCUAAUGGACAGGCAAAGCCAAACUCUGCUCUCCCAGAAAAGAAGAAAUGUUCAUCUGAAGUUCGUCACCUUUCUGGAGGCUUCAAACUGACCAAGCGUUGAAAAGAACACAAGAAGAAAACGGGUUUCAGGGCUUCUGGCUUCCUGUUGAAGGCAUGCGUGUAUGAAAACUGUUCAAAUAUGUCAGAGACGUCCUCCCACGACUCCUUCUAUGAUUCCUUAUCAGACGUGCAGGAAGAAAGCAAGAAUGCUGACUUCUCCCCAGGGCUGUCUGCUUUUCUUAGCCAGGAAGAGAUAAACAAGAGCCUUGACCUGGCCCGGAGAGCUAUAGCCAACUCUGAGACAGAGGAUUUUGACUCAGAAAAGGAGAUCUCGCAGAUUUUCAACACCUCUCCUGUUAGCGUCUGUGAGAGUCGUUCCCACAAGGACACCAAACUGGGUGAGCCAAUCUCUUCAGAAAGACCUCAGAAUAAUAAACCAACAUCUAUCCAGCCUGCGGCAGAAGAAGCAAAUGAGAGGAUCGCUUCACCUGCUUCAAGGAGGAAAUCUGCCGUGUCCCCCCAGUUUGCUAGGCCGAGUUAUAUCCGGAGCCUCCGAAAGGCUGCCAAAAGGGGUGCAAAAGCUCCCAGCACAAAUGCAAAGCCCAAACCAGCACAUCAAAGCAAGGCCAGUCCCCAGAGUGAGCUGUGUGACAAAGCGGCUAAUUUCAUUGAGGAGCUGACAUCCAUAUUUAGAGGAGUAAAACCAAGAAACAGGAGCCCAAAUGGGGAGUUGUCAUCACCAGACAGUGGGUAUCUGUCUCCUAAAAAUCAGCCGUCAACCCUGAGGAGUGCCUCAGCCAGCCAGAGCCCCACGGAAGACCAUCAAGAAAUGGAACCAGAGCUCAAGCUGCCUGAGACCAGGCACUGCUACCAGCCUGACCAGCGUGUGGCAAGGCCACAGUGCAAUAGCACCUCUCGCCCGCAACCCACGAAGGCCCCCCACUUCCCCACCGCGCCUCGGUUCAUCCAGAAGCUGAGGAGCCAAGAAGUCGAGGAAGGAAGUCGCAUUUAUUUGGAGUGUAGAGUCACUGGGAACCCAACUCCUCGGGUCAGAUGGUUCUGUGAGGGGAAAGAGCUACACAACACUCCCGACAUUCAAAUCUUCUGUGAGGGCGGGGACCUCCAUACCCUGAUCAUAGCAGAGGCCUUUGAGGAAGACACAGGCCGCUAUACCUGUCUGGCUACAAACCCCAGCGGCUCAGACACAACAUCUGCAGAGGUGUUCAUUGAAGGAGCCAGUUCAACAGAUUCUGAGAGUGAACAUUUAGCUUUCAAAUCAAAAGCUAGAGAUAUGCCACAAGCUCAAAAGAAAACAACUUCGGUCUCCUUGACAAUAGGAUCAUCAUCUCCAAAGAUGGGAGUGACCACAGCCAUGAUUCAGCCAUUAUCUGUCCCUGCUCCACAGGUUCACAGUCCAACUUCAUAUCUCUGCCGACCUGAUGGAACCACCGCGGCCUGCUUUCCUCCUGUUUUUACAAAGGAGCUGCAGAACACCGCAGCCUCUGAGGGCCAGGUUGUGGUCCUGGAGUGCCGGAUCCGGGGGGCACCCCCACUGCACGUCCAGUGGUUCCGGCAAGGAAUCGAAAUCCAAGACUCUCCAGAUUUCAGAAUUCUACAGAAAAAACCUAGAUCUACGGCAGAACCUGAGGAGAUUUGUACCCUUGUUAUCGCUGAGACUUUCCCUGAAGACGCAGGGAUCUUUACCUGUUCAGCAAGAAAUGAUUUUGGAUCAGUGACCAGCACUGCCCAGCUAGUUGUCUCCUCAGAAAGCUGCAGUUACAGUACAAUGGGAAAUUCCAACAACGAUCACUUUCCACCUCCCCCUCCCAUCUUGGAGGCAAAUUCCUUUGAGUUGGCUUCCAAGAAACCAUCUGAGAUCCAACAGGGGAACAGCCCUGAUUUCGGCCUCAGUAUGGCAGCCCUUCACAUGCAGUUCAAUUCUGCUGAGAGGGAAACGAAUGGAGUCCAUCCCAGCCAUGGAGUAAAUGGACUGAUCAACGGCAAAGCUAAUGGUAAUAAAUCUCUGCCAACACCAGCUGUCCUGCUUUCGCCUACUAAGGAGCCACCACCUCUGCUUGCCAAACCAAAACUGGACCCUCUGAAGAUCCAGCAGCUGCAGAGCCAGAUCCGCCUGGAGCAGGAGGCCUGCGCGCCGCCCUCGCCGCCCUUCCCGCCGCCGCCCGGCCUCCCCGAGCUCGCGGCCCGCGCGCCGCCCGCCGCGGCGGAGCCCAUGAGCGCGCUGGCGUCCCGCGCCGCCUCCGCCAUGCAGUCCUCCGGCUCCUUCAACUACGCGCGCCCCAAGCAGUUCAUCGCCGCGCAGAGCCUGGGCCCCGCCUCCGGCCUCGGCACGCCCGCCUCCAGCCCCAGCUCGUCCAGCCUGCCGUCGCCGCUGUCCCCGCCGCCCCGGCCGUUCGGCCGCGCGCCCGGGCCGCCCCUGCCCUUCGGCGCCGAGCCCGACGCGCCCUGGUGCCCGUCCUCGCCGUCGCCCCCGCCGCCGCCGCCCCCGGUCUUCAGCCCCACGGCCGCCUUCGCGGUGCCCGACGUGUUCCCGCUGCCGCCGCCGCCGCCGCCGCUGCCCUGCUCGGCCCCGGCCUCGCACUGCUCCUCGCCCGCUGCCCGCUUCGGCCCCGGCCAGACGCCCGCCGCCUUCCUCAGCGCCCUGUUGCCCUCGCAGCCGGCCCCCGUGGCCGUCAACGCCCUGGGGCUGCCCAAGGGCGUCACCCCUGCGGGAUUUCCAAAGAAGGCCAGUAGAACGGCUAGAAUAGCCUCUGAUGAGGAGAUCCAAGGCACAAAGGAUGCUGUCAUUCAAGACUUGGAACGAAAACUUCGCUUCAAGGAGGACCUCCUGAACAAUGGCCAGCCGAGGUUAACAUAUGAAGAAAGAAUGGCUCGUCGGCUACUAGGUGCUGACAGUGCAGCUGUCUUUAAUAUGCAGGAGCCAGAGGAAGAAACAACUAAUCAGGACAUUGGGUCUCCUCAUGCUUCUGUAGGGAGUCCUCUGGAUGGUCAAAAGGAAUACAAAGUCUCCAGCUGUGAACAGAGACUCAUAAGUGAAAUAGAGUACAGGCUAGAGAGGUCUCCCGUGGAUGAAUCAGGCAGUGACAUUCAGUAUGGGGAUGUGCCUCUGGAAAGUGGUGUGGCACCCUACUUUGAGAUGAAGCUGAAACAUUACAAGAUCUUUGAAGGAAUGCCUGUAACUUUCACUUGUAGAGUGGCCGGGAAUCCAAAGCCUAAGAUCUACUGGUUUAAAGAUGGGAAGCAGAUCUCUCCCAAGAGCGAUCACUACAUCAUUCAAAGAGAUCUUGACGGGACCUGCUCGCUCCACACCGCAGCCUCCACCCUAGAUGACGACGGGAAUUUCACAAUCAUGGCUGCCAACCCUCAGGGCCGUGUCAGUUGUACUGGACGGCUAAUGGUACAGGCUGUCAACCAAAGAGGUCGCAGUCCACGCUCUCCCUCAGGCCAUCCGCAUGUCAGAAGGCCUCGCUCUAGGUCAAGGGACAGUGCAGAUGAAAAUGAACCGAUUCAAGAGCGAUUCUUCAGACCUCACUUCUUGCAGGCUCCUGGAGACCUGACUGUCCAAGAAGGAAAACUCUGCAGGAUGGACUGCAAAGUCAGUGGGUUACCAACCCCAGAUCUAAGCUGGCAACUAGAUGGAAAGCCAAUACGCCCCGACAGUGCUCACAAGAUGCUCGUCCGUGAAAAUGGGGUGCACUCUCUGAUCAUAGAGCCAGUCAUGUCCCGGGACGCUGGCAUCUACACGUGUAUAGCCACCAACCGAGCCGGACAGAACUCUUUCAGCCUGGAGCUUGUGGUUGCUGCUAAGGAAGCACACAAACCCCCUGUGUUCAUUGAGAAGCUCCAAAACACAGGCGUUGCUGAUGGGUACCCAGUGCGCCUGGAAUGCCGUGUCUCGGGAGUACCACCGCCUCAGAUAUUCUGGAAGAAAGAAAAUGAGUCACUCACACACAGCACUGACCGAGUGAGCAUGCACCAGGAUAACCAUGGCUAUAUCUGCCUGCUUAUUCAGGGAGCUACAAAAGAAGAUGCUGGAUGGUACACUGUGUCAGCCAAGAAUGAAGCAGGGAUUGUGUCCUGUACUGCCAGGCUGGAUGUUUACACCCAGUGGCAUCAGCAACCACAGACCACCAAGCCAAAGAAAGUGCGGCCCUCAGCCAGUCGCUAUGCAGCACUUUCGGACCAGGGACUAGACAUCAAAGCAGCGUUCCAACCAGAAGCAAACCCGUCUCACCUGGCACUGAAUACAGGCUUGGUAGAAAGCGAGGACUUGUAAUCCAGUAUUCUUGUUAAAGCUGGAACACCGAAACAACCAUUGCCUUGACCAACAAAUUUCUCUGUCACAUUAUGUAAAAGGCAGAAAUAUACUUUGACUUAUAAGAAAUAAAAACCACCAAAAUAAUAUUUUUCUUACUUGUUAUACCAAACUUAGAGUUUAAGUAGGUGAUGCUUAUAGAGAUGUACACAUUGCACACAAUUUACAUUUAUUGUCCAAUUUAAAACUUUUGGAAUUGCUGUGAUUAAAGUGGUCUGAAAUGCCAAAAGGUUAAAGGAAAUCAAUGGUAACUACAAUUUACAUUAAUUACAAGUGCCUUUAAACACAAGCUAUAGGUGCUAUGUAGCACAACAGUAUGAAAUGUUUAAUAUGAUACUACUAGGAUUCUAAAGUGCAGUGUAUUCAGACAGCUACAAUGAAUCAAGUGCAAUAUUUAAGGAUGAAAAAGGAAGAGAAAAUGAAAAAGAAAUCCAAGUAAAUGCCUUGUCUUUGCAAAUUGUUUUAUAUUAAAUCAUAAGGAAAUACUUGCCUUAAAUCUUAUUAAUAUCAAGUUUUCUAACAAGGGUAAUACCUUAGUUCUUAAUCUUUUUUUUUGUGCAUAUUUUCUUUUCACGCUGCCUUGAUAGGAAGCUUAUUUACAAACCAUAUUAAAAGGCUAAUUUAAAUAUAAAUAAUAUAAAGUUUUCCAAAUAAAGCAGAAAUAUAUUACAGUCCAUUCCACAAAAGCUAACCAAACCUCCCAGAUGACCAAGGUAUACAGUAUUUGGAGGAAAUAGGUUUGGAAUGAGUAGGGAGGAGAAUGAAGGAAAACUCUACCAGCACAAUUAUAUUGUAUUCAUUUAGAUAAAAGUAGAAAGGGCAGGAGAGGUGGCAAAGACCAGGAUUUUCUUUGGUUUUCUUGAAAAUUAAUCUUAAAAUGUAGGUUGAAAAAAAACACUGCCAUUUAGAAGUCAAGAAAUCUAAGGUCAGCUAGAAGUGUGGAACACAUGUGCUAUGGAGAUUUCAGUGUAUCUGGAGUUUGUGUGGUAUCUGAAGAUUUUAGAUGUGUAGAGCAAGUUGAAAAUGGGUAGAGACUGCAAGAGUGGCAUAAAUGAGAGACUGCCUGUAGGAGCUAGUCUACUUGAGAGAAAUAGUCUUGAAGAGAGGCAAAAACAGGUCUGUGCUAUAAUGUAUUUUUUCCAUUGGCACUAAGAUACAGAGAGUGGGAAAGAGUUCACUUCCCUACUGCCAUGAAACAUUGUCUUAAGAAGGUGCUAGGUUCUGAGUAGUUUCUAAGGCAUCUCUGCAAAGACCACUUUUUGAAUGCAUAUGAUUCUGCAUGAGCUAGAAUGAAAUGAUUCUGACCAGACUUGAUGGUUUUAAGUCGGAACCAAUAAAAUUUUUCAGUGAGAAAAAAUAAUUUGGCCUAAUAGUAGAAAACAUGAGGCUUUAAUGGUACUUUACUAUGAAAAGAAAACACUGUAUCCCUUAUGCAAAACACGUAUCUUUCAUUAUUUAUAAUAAAAGUGUUGAACUUUCUUAGCUCAGUUACUCGAUUCAUACAUAGUAUUUUAAAAAUUUUAUAUCUGUAUACCACCCCAUGUAUUUCAUAUUACUGCUUCACAUGUACAGCUUUCUACUUCUUCAUAAGGACACCAAGUUUUAAAUGAUUAAUGACAACGGGUGGCAGAUGUUCUAUGCAGUGUGGUGUAGGUUUCUUUGACCACACUUACAUGCAUUGCUAAUGUGGAGUUGAAAAGAACAUCCAGUCUCAUGUAGUGUAGAAUUAUGGCUUAUGUCAUAGCUAACUUGCCAAAUUUUUCUGAAUGUGACUUUUUUUGCUAAUUUGCUGGGUUGGGGAUUAACUAGCAUUAUUUUGCCACCUUUUAUGUUGUAUUUAUAAAAAAAAGUACUAUCAUACUACUUUGGAUUGUUGUGCUGGUGUAAUAUGGAUUUAACAUCAAUAAAUAUUUAACAAAUAA